AUUUCGACAGUUUCAAAAUGGCUGCUCAAGGCAACAUUGAAUCUCUGAUAGAACAAAAAGUUUUAGAAGCUGCAAGCAUUGUAGAAGAGCAGAUAGAUUCAGAAUUAAACCGGCUUGAAAACCUAAAAGAAGACGACAUCGAUGUAGUUCGAGAAAGACGUCUUCAACAGCUUAAAAAGCAACAAGUGUUAAAACAAGAACUCCGAAGAAAAGGUCAUGGUGAAUACAGGGAAAUUGCCGAUGAAAAAGAUUUCUUCGCUGUUUGUAAAGAAAGUGAUAAGGUGAUCUGUCAUUUUUAUCGCGAAAGUACAUGGAGGUGCAAAAUUGUAGAUAAACAUCUUACUACGCUGGCUCCUAAGCAUAUCGAGGCAAAAUUUAUAAAAAUUGAUGCUGAAAAGAGUCCGUUUCUUGUGAAGCGUCUUCGAGUUGUGGUUUUGCCGACAAUUGCCCUUAUUAAAGAUUCAAAAACUGUUGAUUUUAUUGUUGGCUUCGAUGAUCUUGGAGGCAGUGACGAUUUUCCUUGUGAAAUGUUAGAGUGGCGAAUUGCUUGUGCUGGUGUGAUUGACUAUAAUGGGGACAUUAGUCAACCACCUGACCCAAAGAACAAUCAAAACUCCACGAAGAAGUUAUUUCAACAACAAAAAAAGAUUAUACGUGGUGGAGGUGACUCUGACGAAGAUUCUGACUAGCUAUUAAAAUAUGUACUUAUAUACAUACAGUUAUGCCUUAUAACAUUAUUUAUCUUAGUUCUCUUGAUAAGCAAUUUAAAUAAAUUUUUCAA